CAGAAUGUUAAAGCUGUUUCUGGUUUUCUGUUUUUAGGCUGUAAGUCAGUUAGCGGGAGAGACAGAGAACAAGUUUAACGACAAUGAAGGCGGUCGUUUGGUUGGUUUCAACAUUCAGCGCUGAACAACUGAAUCCAAACUGAAAAGUUCAAAGUCGGAGACGUGGGCUCCGCCGCAAAUGUUCGAAUUCCCGCCGUGUUAGGGUUCUGAAAGGGAACUAUUUUCUCUCAUUAGGGAUGGAGAAAGGGAAAAAACGCACAAGAGAAGAAAAUAAGGAAGAGAUCGAGGCCGGAAGUAGCGAUGCUGAUCAUUCUCUUUCUCUUGAGCAAAAUCUUACCUUCAGCGACACUUUGGUGGCGCUUCGUAUAAUGCGAGCUCAGUUUCCUCAAAUUGAUAAGGCUGCAAUUCAGCCUUUCAUUUUGCAGUCACAAUUGUAUAGCAGUGUAAAGGACAGAACUCAAGUGGAUAGGGACCUAGAGUCUCUAAGGAGGGAGAAAGUUGUGCGCAUUUUCAAACUAAAUACCGGGCAAGAUGAUCAUGGUAUAAUGCUUUUAGAUGAUUAUAUAAAGCAGAUGGAACAUGUUAUCAGAAGAAUGGAAGAGAGGAAACAAGGUGAUCUCGAAGUUUUUAAGUGGUUUAAAGCGUAUGUUAUUGAAUCCAAGUUGGAACCUAGCAUUGAACAUCAAGAACUCUGUUCACUCUUAUCACUAGGAGGAAGGGUGAAAGAUGAUCACAUCUCCCUUCUAAUCAAUGCUGGCCUUCUUACUCGCCAAUUGAUUGAUCCAAAUAUGUAUUGGUUUGCAAUCCCAAAUAUUGGUUCGAUACUGAAAGGCAUCUCCCAGGGAAGGAAGGAACUCAUCUCUCUUUUAAAUCGUAGAAGAUAUAAAGAAAUGAUGUUGGUCCCUUUGGAGAAGAAGCGCCUUCGAUUGUCUCCUCUUGAUAUGAGAUUUCACCUUCGUGACUUGAUUGGAUCUGGACAUCUCAAAACUGCCCAUUCACCAACUGGCAUAGUUGUUCGGGUUUCAAAAGAUUAGAUCACAGGAGGAUACCGCUAGCAGUGGCAGUUGGAUUAUUUCUUCUCUUUUGGCUUAGCUUUGAAUAUGAGGUUGAUGAAUGAAGAACAAACAAUAACUUUCUUGCAAUCAUGCACAUCAGCAUAGACGAAUGCAGGAUGAAGUGAGUUUUUUCUCUUUUAAAUCUUGUAUUAUUCAUUUAUUCGGCAACCUUCCAUUAUUGAUUAAACUGCUGUAAGGCAUAACACUAAUAAUAUUUCAGUUGGUAGCA